CCUAUCGCCACCCACGACACGACGCCGCGGAGGGCGGCGGAGCUCAGUGUUCUGUUUCCCGAACUCUUUGUCCUUCCUCCUUCGCCAUGUUGCCGGCGGUCGCCGCCGCAUCCCCUGCUCUCUCCCAUCUGCCGCGCCACCAACACCUUGGCCGUCGCUUCCACCUCCGGUGCCACCGCCUCCUCCCUGCUACUCCCGCCAAGGCCUCGUGUGGCGCCCGCCGCCGGCUCCUAGCAGGCGCGUUCGCCGCCGGCGAUGGUCCUUCGGGACAGGAUGUUGAUUACUCUACUGGUACUACGAGUUCUGGAUCUGCAUACCUUGGUCUCUUUGUUCGAUUGCUUGGUUUGGACAAUGACGCUCGUGAUAGGGAGCAUGCUGUUUGCACACUUUAUCAAUACUCCCUUGGCGGCCGGAAGAGCAUUGAUGAGAUAAUGCAAUUCCCUGGUUGCAUUGUCCUCAUCAUUAGCCUCCUGAAGUCAGAGUCCACUCGAGCCCGUGAAGCAGCUGCUGGUCUUCUGCGUAACAUAACGUCAGUUCAAAUAUACAGGAAGAUGGCCAUUGAGAGUGGAGCAAUGGAAGAAGUCAUGAGUCUUCUGUGUAAAUCUACAAUAAGCCCUGAGAUGAUGGAGCAGUGUUUGUGUACCAUUUGGAACUUUUCUAUUGAUGAAAACUGGAGAUACAAGAUUCUAAGGAGUGAUGUCCUGACAAAGAUUGUUAGAUACCUAGAUGAAGAAGAUAUAAAAGUUAAAGAAGCUGCUGGUGGUAUCAUAUCAAAUUUAGCUUUAAGUCCGUCUAAUCAUGGAGCUCUGGUAGAAGCAGGAGUGAUUCCAAAAUUGGUUCAUCUUUUGCAAACCAAAGAAGAUGACUAUAAGAUUAUUAGAAAGGAAGCUCGAAGUUCGCUGAUUCUGCUAGCCCGUGAUGAUCAUUACCACAGCCUUAUAAUGGAGGAGGGUCUUGUUCGGGUUCCUUUGGUUGGCUCAGCUGCAUAUAAAGCUUUUAAACCUCUCCCUCAUUCGUGGCCCACUUUUCCUGAUGGCUCUGAGAUUCAACGGAGUUCUCGCCCCUCUAAAUACGGUGCUACUGAACUACUCCUUGGCUUGAGUGUCAAUGAGAAGGAUACAAAACCAGACAAAGCUAAAAUUAAUGCUAUGAUAGGGCGUUCUAAUCAGCAAUUUCUUGCACGUGUUGGAGCUAUUGAGUUGGAUGAUGAAGGAAAUGAGCAAUCUGGAUCUGAAAAGAGUGACCUCUAUACCAUUUUGCCAUGGGUUGAUGGUGUUGCACGGUUAGUUUUAAUUCUUGGUCUUGAAGAUAUAUCUGCAAUUAAAAAAGCUGCUAGAGCGAUAGGUGAUGCAUCAAUAAAUGAACAUAUGCGCACCUCAUUCAAGGAAGCUGGGGCUGUUAAACCUCUACUUGAGUUGCUGAAACACGAUGAUGUGUCUGUUAGAGAAGCUGCUGCUUAUGCAUUGGAAAAAUUAAGUGUCAGUGCCACCAUAUGUCAGAAGAUCAAAGCAGAUGGUGGACUUGAACUGCUUAUAAAUACAGUGAAGGAUCCAAAUACCCCAGUGAAACAACUAGAGAAGAUGAUUUAUGUACUUUCUCAAAUGUUUGACAUGGGGAUUAGCAUGGUGGCUGCGCCGGAGAGCUAUGCUCAUGAGGAUGUAACCAGUGCUGAGAAGAGUACUCAAGGUGAUACAGCUACUGGAAACAGUGUCAUUUCCCAUACAUUUGUAAACCAAGAGAUGGCCAGUGAGAUGAUCUUGGAUUUUGAUGCUAUUUCACGCUUGACCAAAGUUCUGAAGGAAGCAUCCCCAAGUCUGCAAGCAAAAGUCUGUUGUGUACUGGAGCAUUUAGCAGCUUCGGAGCAACAUGCCACUGCAAUGACAGCUACUUGCACUGGUUCCGUAAUCGAGGCUAUUCUUGAAAUCGGGGUUAUUCAUGGGACCAGAGCUGAUUCUGAAGACUUUGAUAACCUUACUAGUGUAGUCACUGAAGAAGUCAGUCAGGCUGUGUCUGCAGCUGCGAGGUUACUGACAAAGUUAUUGAACUUUGAUAUUUUCACCCGCAGCAUAAAUAGUGAGAAAUUUACUUCCCUGCUAAGAAGAAUGCUCAAAUCCAGUUUUCCCCUCCAGUCAAAGGAUUGGCUUGCAGCAUGCCUUGUUAAGCUAGAAUCAAGAGCUGGCUCAUCAGGCGAUCAUGGUGUUUGUAGUGUAGAUAUGGAGAUAACUAUUUAUCAGACUAUUCCGAGGCUAGUUGAGCAAAUGCUGACCUCAUUUUCUUUUGAAAAUAAAAGAAGUGCUGUAAUGGAGCUAAACAAGAUAAUAUCGAGUGGUGUGCUGGAAUACACAAGAGCAAUGGCUGAUUCUGGGGGCAUAUUUCCACUGGUGAAAAUGCUUGAAGAGGGCGAUGAAGAUGCAUUGGAAGCUGCCUUAGCUAUCUUGUAUAAUCUAAGCAUGGAUCCAGAAAACCACCCAGCAAUAAUUGCUGCUGGAGCGGUGCCUCUGUUGAAACGGAUUGUUGUUGCUGAAGGCCCACACGGGACUAAAGCUCUUAAGUUGCUGAGAACAUUGCCUGUGUGACAUUCUGGAAGCAAAUGACCUUGUAAAAAAGAUAUCUUAAGCCGCACCUGGUGUGUGCACAGGUAUAUGAUUUUGAUCUAUGUCAUGAUAGCUUUAUUUCAAAUACUUGUGCAAGAAUAUAGACAUUAUUAAACACUAAGGAUGGCCGUUUAGUCACUGCAUCACUUAUACCAUGGUGGAUAGACAGAUCUUAGUUGAUCAUUUGAUUGAAAAACCCAGUGCAUAAGCAGUGCAAGUUGCGUCUUUCAAGCAGUUUGGACAGUUUAUUCUGUUGCUGAAUGAAACACCAACAAUAUCGAGAUCCUUUACUAAACAUUAUUUUCUUUUGCAGCUAGUUUACUAUACUAGGUUGCAGCCGAACUGUGCCAGCUCACAAUCACCAUAUAGAUGUUGAACUUGACAUGAAAACAGGUAGCAACUAUUAGCAAAACUCAGCUUUUCUGUGGCCAGUUUUUUCUUUUUCUUUUUCAGUGGCCAGUUGAAAUGACAGAUUGACAGUAACGAAGCUCACCGGGGCCUGAUCUGUGAUAUCAUUUUUUUUGCUGAUAUGUGAUGGGAAAAGUUAGAACCGUGAACCUUUUUGGCACAGUAUAAGUUUGCUGGUUGUGUGACCCUGCAGAAGUUUUACACUUUAGCUCUAGAUUACUACUGCUCUGUAAAAAAACAAAACAAAAAACGUGUUACUGAACAUUCCCGACCAUUGUAGCGUAUUUCUGUAACAAUAGUAAAUUACAUGAGAUACAUCAUUUGUUGAGGCUA